AAAGCAGAAGGGAAGGUUGGCUGACCUCGCACAGUAAUACGGGAAAAACACACCUUUUUCCAAGGAAUGCUGGUGUAAGAGGUACAAGAUCCCAGAUGCCUGAAAACAGGAAACUGAACACUUAUGCUAAGUCACUUAAUAGGAAUGGAAUAGAUGCUGGCAGGCUGGAAUCAUAUUGGAAGCACAUAUGUGAACAAGAGGAUAAUAGUAAGAAGAGGAAUAACAGUCUAAUGGAAGAUUUUGAAAGAAUUGAGCAGGAAGUGUCAUUGUUAGAUACCAAGACUCAAAAGUUGAAAGACCUACGGGAUCAAUAUAACAGUUACAUUAAUAAAAUGUACCCAAGAUGGCUUGACGAGCUGAAACACCACAGGCAUCUGAUGCAACAAGAAAGAAAUAGUCUCCAAUACCAGGCUUCAAGGAAUCAAGUCAAAAGACCUGAAGGGCCAACUCAAUUACCAGACCAUGUAGAGCCAAGAGAGUUGGGCAGGGGGAUAGGACCAGGUGUAAGGGGAUCAAACCAUGUGAGGUUUAUCUCCCCAGAACAGCCAUCUCUAUACCAGCAAGACUCAUCUCUAUAUGACAGCCAGCAAACAAGGUCCCAGGACCAGACCAGCUACUAUGAUCAGACCUCUACCCAAGGUUAUAYAGACUCCACAAGAUAUAAAACCAUGGACUGGGAUCCCUACCACRGGGACCCCAGUUUUGAUUAUUAUCAUUUUGGACAAUUGUCUUCUUUGAGGAACCCACAUGGUCACAUGAAUCAACAACCUGCAAAUGUCUUGAGGUUUUCUACACCAUAUUUUCCUGGUCAUAGCGGUCCUUUAGAUCCAAGGAAUGGCUUUAAUCAGUCAUUUGAUAUGUCAUACUUGAAUCGUGGGUACGAGAGGGGACCACACCCAAGACAUCCUAAUGGUGGGUCACCAAUGAUGUACCAGUCACCUGGUAAAUUACUCUACGAUGAGAAUAUGAGACCAGCAAUGCCAGGACAAGGUGCUCCACUCAACCCAGAAGCUGGGGUGUCUUAUUCUAUGAGCUAUGAUGAAGGAGAUGGUCCAGUUAGACAACCAACUCAACAGCAAAGGUCACCCAGUGACAGAGAACAAAACACGUCGCUAGCACAGUCAGAGUGUAAUAGAAGCAUUCAUUCACCAUCCACUUCCCCAUAUGCAAGAGAUCCUCCUGAGAAGCCUCUGGAACUAACAGCUAACAAAAAACCUGUCAAACCUGUACCUUCUGAAAAAGAGAGACCACUUCAGGACCAUCAACUAGCAUCCAGUGAUGAAUAUACAAGUCCUUCCCCUCUUGAUCUAAAUGAUCUACGACCUGUUAGUGAUAGUUCUGCUCAAGCCAAUGGACAGACAGACAGAGGGCUUUUGGAUGUAUCUAGGAAUGAGGGAGAUGUAGAAGAUAAUGAAGAUGAUCAGCUUGAUCUUAGUGAGGGAUCUUUGAGUCUUAGCUUGGGGCAUACUAGUGGUAGUGAUAUAAGUCUACCAGAUGAAGGGGAAACAAAACAUAUCAAAACACAGGAAACCACCACUGAGGAUAUGACAGCGAAACCCUCACUGACUGACAAGCCAGGAGGCUUAAUACACAAGGCACAUGGUAAAGAUGAGAUGAAAAGGCCUUCCAACAAUGACAAGCUACAAGAAUCUGUACCACAGGAAUUUCACGAGGAGAGGAAGACUAAAACACAGGGAGCCCAAAAUGAUGUAACAAGAAAACCUUCACUUACUGGCAACCUUGAACAUAUAUCAAAGGGAGCCCAUGAUGUUAAAUCUGAGAAAGAUUCUAGUAAGAACAUUUCUAGCAAAGAUGAGGAUGAUUCUACAGACAGCAUUAAUACUGACCAGAAUACCAAAGUAUCAGACAAGGAGGCGUUAGAAGUAAAACAAACAAUCGAACAUCAAGAAGGCCAAGACAAGGCAGACACUUUUCCUGCUGAGAGCAUUCCUAAAGGUAAUACAGCUCCAUUAAUUGACACUGUAAACAAGAAGCCGUCAGUUACCAUACAGGUGCUGUUGGCCCUGCUAAAAGUGGUAGACGCUGAUAUUGAGGUGUCAUUUAGUCCAGAGACAAUAUACCGCGCACCUCCAUGUAGCCAGGCAAUGAAGGAAGAUAUUAUAAGGUCUGCAGAGAGUGAUGACAAUACACUUGAUGCAUAUGACCCUAGUUCUAUUAGUAUGAUAGUAUUAGAAGAGCUACCACUACUAAUCUGGUCGUCUCCUUCUGGCUGCCUCAUCCAAGAUCAAGUAUUGUUAUCUGGAGAAAGAUAUUUAACACCAAAACAAUUGAGAGCGAUUAUUGAACCCACCUUAGUACCUCUCUGGGACGGCCUAUUGCCUCACAUGACCAAACUGGUUGAACAAAAUGUACUAGCAGUAGAUGAAGCGGUCAAUCUCUUUGCUAACCUACUACUAAAACAAGAUUCCAAAUGUCGUCAAAAAUUUCAGACCUUACUGAUCACCCUUAUCAAGGGAAUAAUCUCUGGAGAGUAUGGUAUUACCUCGCUAACACCCACCAAUGAUCCAGCUGAACCACAUGUUGAUAACAGUUCCAAAAUACCCCAGAAAGAUGACAGUCUUUCAGUUGCAUCUGAUGAGAGUUCGACUUUAGGUUCAACUCCUCCUAUUUACGACAAAGAGUUACCUCAGUCCAAGGAACAACCAUCAGAUGCUCCUGCUCAUUCACUGGAACGUACUCUCUCUUAUGAAGACGACUUCAAAGAAGAUGACGUCCCUCUUACCGAAACCGCUGCUUAUCGCAAGAUGAUGUCAAGUGCYCAGUCCACUGUUGAUGAUUUGAGUGACAGUGAAGGUAAAACAGAUCCCAAGGGGGAGGAGGAGAGUGAAGGAGACGACGAUCUGGAAAGAACAUUGGCUCGUAGUAUUUCUCCACCCGCGACGUCACCAAUACAGCGGUCUUCUACUAAUAACAAGACUACAGAGGAGAAGAAACCUGGAAGACAGAAACCCAAACUUUCCUUAUUUGAAGGUGGCGCAGGAAGCCUGGGACUGUCGUAUGGAAGUGAAGACUUAGGGGAUAGCUUGGGUGGAAAUGAGAGUGGUARGCUUACAUCGUCAUGGAAAUCGAAUGUUAGUGAUAAGACUGCAUCUGUAGUAUCUGAUGAGGAUAUCUCACCUCCUUCCUCGCCUGACCUUGAUCUUGAGCCUGCGUAYAUACCAUCGGCUAUGGACAGCGGUAAUAAGAAUGAAGAACCCGGAAAAAUAGCAAGCAAAACAGCUACAAAAAUAACGAGAAAAGCAGAAUUCUGGAAUCAUUCUGACACCGAGUCAGAGGUAGAUUUACAACUAAGUACUGGUGCAGCGGACGCCGAAGACGAUGACUUUGACUUUUACGGUUAACKUUAGGCAAGAGAAUAUUCUCUUGUAUUAUAGGCCAAAGCUACAAGCUCAAGACGGAAUAUUUACUGAUCCGCUGACAAAUCAAUUCAUUUUUAAACAAAUCAAUGGUUCAUCUUCGUUAUAAAAUAUAUAUCUUUAA